GUCCAUCCAUCGACUGACGUUCAAGUUCGUAGGAACGUCACGUCCGCACUUGAACUUGCAGCUCAGGGGGCUUCGCUCAUAUCCCUCUCUCUGUCUUUGCAAAAAAGUCAUGAAGACUGCCGCACAGCCCGUACCCCGCGCGUCACCGUGAUGUGAUCUAUAAUUCAUUUUUUUCGGAUGUCAAACGCAUCGAUGAAGACAUUUUAUCUGGAGUCUAUUACAUUGUAGGACGCCUCUGCCAAUGUGAACUAAGCUGAACGCCACCACUUACCAACAUGUCUCGCCGCAAGCAAGGCAAACCCCAGCACUUGAGCAAGCGGGAGUUUUCGCCUGAGCCCCUGUCGGCCGUUCUCCCCCCAGACGAGGAGCACGAGGACCACCCCAGGCUGGGGCAGCAUGGGGACCACAGGAUCCUCCUCAAGGGGGACCAGGACCUGCUCACCUGUGGCCAGUGCCACGCCCGCUUCCCUCUUGCCCACAUCCUGCUCUUCAUCGAGCACAAGAGGCGGCAGUGUCUCGGCGCCCCCUGCACGGACAAGACGUUAGACGACGGGCACAGGCGGUCGCCCUCCGCCGUUCCCCUCGCCUCGCCCCGUCCCUCCUCAAACAAAUGCCGAGACAAACACCCGUCGAGGCGCCCCUUGGAGGUAGCCCUUCAGGUGUCGCCGCGCAACGAUGAUGAGGAUUGUUUAUCGACGCCCACCCACGGAAUUAUCCCCAAGCAGGAGAAUAUCACAGAUAAGGAUGAGCCCAGUAGUUACACGUGUACGACCUGCAAGCAUCCGUUCAGCAGUGCCUGGUUCCUGCUCCAGCACGCCCAGAACACCCACGGCUUCCGCAUCUAUCUGGAGAGCGAGCCAGGCAGCCCCCUCACCCCCAGGGUAGCCGCCCCGCCUGGGAUGGGGGGUGACUGCACCUCCCAGCCCCCCCUCCACGGUGUCCACCUGGCCGAUGGGAGCCCCUUCAGUCUGCUGAGAUUGCCUGGGUCCGGGUCUGGCCGGGAAGGGGCCACCUCUGUCCCCCACGAGGGGCGCUACCCCCGGACGCCUCCUCUGUUUAGUCCGCCUCCACGGCACCACCUGAGCCCAGAGAACCUGGCGCUGGCCACCCAUCACCCGAGCACCUUCGACAGGGUGAUGCGGCUCAACUCAGUGGUCCUGGACCCACCGCCCGCCAUGGACUUCUCAAGGAGACUGCGGGAGCUGGCGGGUAACCCCACGGGGGCCUCCCCACCCCUGUCGCCCAACAAGCCCAUACAACGGCUGCUGCAGCCCUUCCAGCCGGGCUCCAAGCCCCCCUUCUCAGCCACGCCUCCCCUCUCCACCUCCCAGUCACCCUCGUCCGGCUUCCGCUCCACCCCCAACCCGGCCCAGCCUACCACGCCGCUCAAGGCCAAGUCGUGCGAGUUCUGCGGGAAGACCUUCAAGUUCCAGAGCAACCUGAUCGUGCACCGGCGCAGCCACACAGGAGAGAAGCCCUACAAAUGCCACCUGUGCAACCACGCCUGCACCCAGGCCAGCAAGCUGAAGCGCCACAUGAAGACGCACUCUCAGAAGAACUCCCUCAACACCAAGUCGGAUGACGGCCUAUCCACCUCCAGCUCACCCGACCCAGGCACCAGCGACCUGGUGGGCAGCGCUACCAGCGCCCUCAAGUCCGUGGUGGCCAAGUUCAAGAGUGAGAACAACGGCCUGCUUGAGAAUGGUGAGGAGGAGGAAGAGGAAGAAGAGGAGGAGGAGGGAGAUGAAGAGGAAGAGGGAGACGAGGAAGAAGAGGAGGAAGAGGAGGAAGAAGGAGAGGAGGCAGAGGAAGAGAUGGAGACUGAGGAAGGUGAGAAGACCGAUUAUCAUUUCAGCCUGCUGUUGGAAGGGGCCCGGCACCACCAGAACAGCCAGGCCCUCCACCCCCACUCCCAUCCCCACCGACGGAGCACUCCCCGGGACGCCUGUGAAGAGGACUUGGCACUGGAGUCGGACCGGGCCGACAAGGUCUGUGGCACCACCCCAACAGCCAAUGGCCUGGGUCCUCUCUCUAAUGAGGCCCUGACCAGGAAGCUCCUGAUGGGGAGCCCCGGGUCCCUCAGCACCAUGACCAAGCGUAUCAAGGUGGAGAAAGAACUGGAUCCUCCCACGCCUACCAUCCCCAACACAGAUAACGUCUACUCCCAGUGGCUGGCCGGCUAUGCCGCCUCCCGACAACUCAAGGACCCCUUACUCAGCUUUGGAGAGUACUCCACCAGACAAUCGCCCUUCGCCACAUCCUCCGAGCACUCCUCCGAGAACGGCAGCAUGCGCUACUCCACGCCUCCCGAGGAGAUGGACGGCGGCUGCGGGGCCUCGGGCCACAGCGGGACGGGGAGUGGGGCCAGCACCCCCACCUGUCAGGGAGCGGCGGCGCCCCAGCUCAAGGAUGGCAGCCGGCGGAGCGACACAUGCGAGUACUGCGGCAAGAUCUUCAAGAACUGCAGCAACCUGACAGUGCACCGGCGCAGCCACACGGGAGAGAGGCCCUACAAGUGUGACCUGUGCAGCUACGCCUGCGCCCAGAGUAGCAAGCUCACUCGCCACAUGAAGACCCACGGCCAGAUGGGCAAGGACGUUUAUAAAUGUGAAAUCUGCCACAUGCCUUUCAGUGUGUACAGCACUCUAGAGAAACACAUGAAGAAGUGGCACAGUGAUCAACCCAUGCCAACCACCCUGGAAAUUAAGACUGAGUAGGGGAGGGAGGGCAGCUCCCUGAUUCGCUGAAUCAUGGCAAAAGCUGGGGAGA